GCCCCGCCGACGAGGCCACAGUUGCCGCAGUUCGACUUUGAGAAGUCACGGAAGGAAAGGCAAAGGCAGAGAUCGGCAUCGCUUUCUAACGCAAAGGUGGAUGUCAAUGCUGCGCACGGUGAGAAGAGGACGGGAGAUGUCACUGCUACCUUUGAUCGUCUCCAAGCAUACGCUCAACGGGAGUCUGGCGCAGUGAGCGUCCACAAGUCUGAUGCCCAUCACGAUGGCGGCGCUGAGGCUGUUCAUACCGCUGUCGCCACAGGCGCGCGCCCCGAGUCUCCACUGCGGAAAGCCAAAAGUGUGCCGUUCAUCCGGCGCCCCGUGCGACGCGAUAACCCCCCCGCGCUGCCGCACCCUCCUCUGCUACCCACGUCCACGUCGCUUCCCACAAAGCUCGCGCCACCGACGUUCUUCCAGAGCCCGCGGGAGGCUCCGCAACCUCCGCGGACGCCACCGAACGUGGAUGAGGGGAUGGUAUCGUUCAUGCAUAUCACGCCGGAGCAGGACGGCGAGGCGGGUGUGGGGGCGGGUGUUGGUGGAGGGUCGAGGAUGAGUAGACUGUGGAGUCGGGCUCGGGCGGGAAUGGGGAUGGGGGUUGGUGAGGGCGGGAAGAGGAGGGAGUCUGGGAUGAUCAAGAGGGAGAAGAGUAGUCGGUGGUUGAGGGGGAGCGCGGUGCAGGCGAUGGCUUGAGAAGGCUCUGCGUCCUACUGGUGCUUUAUUGUUCCGUGUGUUCUCAAUUGGUUGGAUGGAAUGGAAAUAGGAAGGCAAUGGACUGGAACUCGCACUGUACACUACGCAUUGUUAUGUCUCUGUUCUUGUGUCGUUGUGCAUCAUGAUUGUUGGUCGUCAUUGUUAGUUGGAGCGUACUCGUACCUGUCGUACUUUCAUGGCUAUGUCUAGUAUCUUCUUUCUCGUGCAACAUACUUGUAAAAGUGAUCAAGUCCUCACAGAUGUCGGGAAAUUCCUGAUGUUCCAUUCCAUUCGCACGACUUCUGUAUAUGUUGAAUUGAACCUGUGUACUCGU